UUGUGCAUUCACCCAAGUCAUCUCACACAUUUAACUAAUUUCGCUUCCAAUCGUCAAAAAAGCUGUAAUAUAAACAUGAGGUCCUGUACUUGCAUGAGAGUCCCUCUUAAAUACGUCACUGAGCCCAAAAAGGGCUCGGGUCACCACUCUGACUUAUCGAGCCCCUCCAAGGAGGCGCAGUCCAUCGUGACGGACUCUGAGCUCUUCGACCACGACGCUCUCCUGAAGCAGGAGGGGUCUACGGACUACGAGGAUGAAAGCUCCCCUACUGUCGGACCACACGGAGGCUCUUCCACGAGCACUGAAAGCGUCGAAGAGGAGGCUGCUUCAGGCCGAUCUGCGAACACACGCGAAUCCACUCAAAACGAGGCUGCGGACGUCGCGAGUGACAAUGUGUUCUCCUCGCCUCUGUUGAACAACGAAAACCUGAGGACCACCGUGGAGAAGUGGAACUCCUUGCUGCACAAGUACGACGAGGAGCCUGACCUUGCUGAGCUUCAGGACAUGCUGACCAUGGUCACCAAGCUCUCUGAGGCUCAGAACGACGAGGCUAAGAAGCAGGUCGCUGAAACCAUCAAACGACUCACUGACUCUCUCGCUGAGGUCGGCUCGAUGUCAAUUCCCGAGUCUGCUGACACUGAGGUUGUUUUGCAGGAGUACCUUGCCGACGACGAGGAGACCCGCUUCAGAUGCUUCGUGCGCAAACUCAGGGAGCACGCUGGACAACAGGUUGAGCUGGAGGUAAACGAGGUCGUGCGCGAGAACAUCCGCGUUUUGUUCAACAGUCUUGGACUUAUGAGGCGUAGCAGGAGUGCGGAGAGCAACACCGUGUUGACUCGGAUGUCAUCUAACAUCAAGGGCUCAAAGGUCUUCAAGAAUCUCCAUCCUUCUGAUGCAGCUAAAGCGCCGAUGGAUCUUACCACUUAUCUUCGUCAGCUCAGUGAGAAGGUUGACAGGGGCGAUUUGGCUUCCAUUUCCACUCUUUCUGAGCUCGAUAUUGGCCAUCAAGAGCGGCCCUUUUCCAAUUGCUUGAUAAACACGUCUCAGUACUGCGAUGAGUCGGUUUGUCGUCUAAUUCGCAAACAAAACUCUAAGAUUGCCUCCUUCUGGGUAGAGCAAAUGAGAAAGCAAUCGAUGCUUCGAAAUAAAUAUGAAGAUUUAUCUGAUCAGCCCCUUUUUAUAAUUUAG